AUGAAUACCACAGAUUGUGAAAAAAUUGUGUGUAAAUUUGCCAAGGAGCUACAAUUCGAGGCAAAGAAAUUCGAUGAAGGUUUUGUUGAACAAAGCAAAGAUGAUGUUGUCCUGUUAACGUUAGAAGCAGCAGAAGGUGUUAAUGGAGUGGUGGUGGGUGGUAGAGAGGCCGACAACGGCAAGGUUGAUGACGACGACACAUUUAUGACCACAAAAGAAGACCUCGAAAACGAAACGCAAAUAACAGCGACAGACGACGAUUUGAAGCCUGGAACGGGUACCAGCUGUUGUGAAAAUUCCCAAGAAAUGAAAGACGGGGCAGGCUUAGAAGACUUUGCCAAUUUUUCACAAAUGACAACAACUCAAAGUGAACUUCCCAAAUCAACAGAUUCCACAACAAAUGUUGUACUUUCACCACCACCCGCACCUGUACCCACAACCACACCACCGCAACAAUCAGUUACACAUGACAACCCCACUCUGGAUGUUUCUUUGGAAUUUGGUCCUGGAGAUUUUGAUGAUUCCUUGCAGCCUUUAAGUGAACGUUGGUCUCCCUUAGGGGCUAACUAUGAUGAUGCUGUUACACCCUCUUCGGAAUUACUUAGCCCGGAAUCUGAAUUGGAAUUGCUAAGUCAAUCCGAUGUUAGCCAAGAAAAACAAGAUUUCUCACACCAAGGUGAAGAUGCCAUGGAAAUUGCCCGUCUAAAAACUCUAGAAGAAGAACAAGAAAUGCUAACAUCCUCGUUGAUGGCUUUAACUUCUCACUUUGCCCAUGUCCAGUUAAGGGUGCGACAAAUUGUGGAAGCCCCGCCCCAUGAAAGAGAUCAACUGUUAAAGGACCUAGAAGAAUUUGCCUUUCAGGGUAUACCGGAUCAAUCAAAUAUUUCCGCACUAAGUCGAACAGCAAGUCGUUGUGGUUCUUCGCUGUACAACGCCAACGACGAAAGUCAACGACAAUUCGAGCUAAUCGAACAAUUAAAGACGCAACUAACUGAAUUGGAAAAAAUAGCCUAUGAAUCGGGUGCACCGGUUCUGCCACAACAUAUCCUUUUGGAAAAACAAAAAAUCAUCAUUGAUGAACUUAAAACCAAACUCAAUUUUAAGGUAGAUGAACAAAAAUUACCCGAGCUUACCGCCGAAGAACUUAAAUCGCAAGUAGACAAUGCCAUUGGUGAAUUUGUGGGCCCCCUGAAGAUGAAGGAACAAUUGGUGGCCCAGUUGAAGACACAAAUUACGGACUUGGAAAGAUUUAUUGCAUUUCUACAAUGUGACACCGAUGAGAGUAAAUUGAAAACCCUUACCACGGGUGGUGAGAAAUUAAGUGAAGCCUACAAUAGCUAUUCGGCUAAAAAGAAAAAGGAUUCACUGAAAUCCGACAAAGACCCGAAGGUGGCAUUAGUAAAUGGUGAUGACAAAACUGAGGAUAUCCGAGGAAAUUCCUCGACAGCCACAUCAGCGGCGACUCGUGAAAGUUUGCAUCAUAAGGCCCAUAGUUUAAUGGAUAAAGCUUCGCUGCUAAUGCAAAUGUUUGCUACCACUCAUUUUGGUGCUAAGCCGGAGGAGUUUCAAAAGAAUACCCUUAAGAAGACAAACAAGGGUAAUCAUUGGGGUGACUUACGUGCCCAGCUGGAAGUGGAUAUCCAAGAGGUCGCCUCACUGGCAGCAACCCUGAAUUUUGAUCGUGAAAAAUUGGCAAAACUACGGAAAUCUAUGAAAAAAGCUAAAUCCGCCGAUGUUGCCACAUGCCAACCGACAACAUCCGCAGCUAACGGAAUGCUAACCACAAUCCCUCCAAGAGCAACAAGGAAUGGCAUUAAACCACACUAUCGCAAUCAAAUUAAACCCUAUCAAGUAUCAUCCGAUUCCGAUGAUGAUGAUUACGAUAUGAAUGACUAUUACAAUUGGCAACAACAGAAUAAUCGAAGAAUGGCCCAUUGUGCCCGGGUGCGAGGCGACACCAUAAACACACUUAACAAAGAGCUGACGGCAGCGGUGAGGAAAAAUUUCGCAAUGACAUUGCUGAAGUUGAUACAGCAUGGUCUAAGGGUCGAGUCAUCGCCGCAAAUGACAUCAAGUCUUAUUGUACCUUUCAUGCGCUGCCUUAAUCCGUCCCCCGUUUUUAUGGCCGAACAUGGCUUUCGGGCACGUGACUGUGAUGCCGGGUCAUUUUUAUCGUCAUUUUCGUCGUCGUCGGCAGCAUUUGGUUAUGAUGAUGUUGAGGGAAUGGAUACCAACGGUGGCGGUACACAUUGGCCAGAUGUGGAUAAUGGCAGUAAUGGUGGCGGACUGUUUUCCAGCGGCACAACAAGGCCCAUGCAUGCAUGGGAAUUAAUAUUGGAAUAUUAUUAUUUGAAGCAUGGCGAUGAGUACAACAACACACCGGCAAGGAAAUUGUCACAGAGUUUUAAUUUGGACAUUGUCAACUCUCAGGCGGUGACGGCGAAGCAGAAUCUACUUAGCACCGUGGGCAGUAUUAUUGCCAUGCAUCGCCCGUACAAGAGAAGUUACAAUGCACAUUUUAAGGCAUUUGUGUGUGCUGGUUUAAAUUCCCAUCAAUUGGUCGAGUGGUUGAAUCUGAUUUUUAGCUGUAACGAUUUGGUCGAUAAUUAUUAUAUGACAAAUAGUUAUGUUGCCUGUACGGGAUUCCGUGAUGCAUUACGUUCCAUUGAUGUCUUAACCAAAUAUGAUUUUGAUUUACCUGUUGAUUUGGCUGUGCGACAUUUUCGUAAUUUAUAA